AAAGAACCUGUUGCUUGAUGCUCUUGUUUCCCUUCAAACAUCGUGCUAAUCUUUCGCCUGUUGCUUGCAACUGUGCGAUGAUGACAGACCAAGACCAUUGAAGCCUUUGUCUUAAUAAAGACUCAAACUAUUUUCCAUUAUGGAUGAAGAAAAGUUCUUGCAGAUUCCAGCACAGGCUCUGAAUGUAUCAUGUCGACUCAGAUUGUCUCGGUUUUUGGAUCUUCAAGAUCCGUUGUGCUCGGAAGAUGGAGUGCCCAUAGAUUAUAGAGGGCUUGCAUGCCUUAUGAAUUUAGAGCACAUAGAUGUUAGAAAUUUUGAAACAACUGGGCAACCAACACUGAGUAUAUUACAGGAAUGGGAAAAACAAACUGAUGCUACAAUUGGCCAGCUGCUAAAUUUUUUGAAGAAAAUGGGGAGACACAGUGUAAUUCAAGAUAUUCUUCCUCUGAUAGAAAAAGAUGUAGAAGUUUAUUUGAAAAAAAGGUCAAGAUCUCAAGAAAUUCCUCUUCAAGUUCCUGAAGUUACGUCUUGUCGAAAAAAUGAUUUUCAAGUUAGGAAUGAUGGUAAUGUUUUGACUUGUGAUGAUGUCAGAACAGGAGUUUCAUCUUGUCAAAAAAAUGAUUUUCAAGUUAGAAAUGAUGGUAAUGCUUUGACUUGUGAUGAUGUCAGAACAGGAGAAAUUACUAUAUAUGAUGCAUAUUUGUGUUAUGCUGAUGAAAAUGAAGGUGCUGCUCUAGCAAUGGCAGAAAUAUUAGAAGGUCCGGAACUAGGAUUCAAACUGUAUAUACAUCGUAGAGAUUCUCUUCCUGGUCAAGAAGAACUAAUAAGCAAUAUCCAGAUGAUCAAAGAAAGGUGUAGGAGAAUGCUAAUAAUACUGUCCCCAGAAUUUCCGAGAAGUAGAGCUUGUGAUUUUCAGAUAGGCUUUGCUACAUCUCUAGCUAUAGACCAAAGAGAGAGAAUUUUGAUACCUAUAGUUGUGGCUCCAGUGGAUAAUUCUGAAAUUCCAUUAGUGAUCAGAUAUAUUUCAAAAAUUGAUUUUACAAAACCUGAUAUUCAAAUGUGGGCUUGGAGGAGACUGAUUUGUUCUUUAGACGUCAUUUGUUGUCAGAAACCUGAUCUUAACUCUGUAAUCAACUUAGUGCUUGCGAAAUAUGCAGUAGGUGCUACUGGUACAUGUUCAGAAAACUUCAUUUCAGCUCAUACUAGGCCUUCAAUCCAGUUUCUUCAAAGUCAAAGCCAUAUUACAAACUCAAAUGCCACACUUGCUAAACCUUCUAUAGAAUUUCCUCCAAGCGAAACUGAUAUUGCUAUUUUAAAUAACAAUUCAUCAACACAAUUGCAUGUCAAUGUUGCAGUUUCAUGCCAGGAUCCAUCCACGUCUACUAUGAGUAAUUCAAAUGUCUGUGUGUCACAUGAAAAUAAAUCUCAUAUUAAUCCAGUUUAUGUUGUAAAAAAAGUUGAUUCUUUCUCUUCUGUUCAUACUGCAAAUGAAAUAUCUAAACCAUCAUCAUUUAUAAAUCUACGAAAUUUUUUUAAGGGAAAAAAAAAAUCUUUGAAGUCUUCCUCUCAUCUAAAAGGACAAUUCUCUUCUAUUAGUGUUUCAUCAACAUCAAAUGCCACAAGUGGGUUUUGUAGUCAUAAUACCUUUGAUACUGAAAGUAUUGAAGGAUUAGCUAAAGAUUGCUCUCUAAAUACUCAUUCGUAAAACUGCAAAACUAUGAAAUAUAUGGAGAUUGAAAUUUCUUCUCUUAGUGAUAUUUUGUAGAAAACAUUUUGUAACUGAUUAUGUGCAAUCAUUAAAUGCAAUAAGAAAUGUAAUUUUUUCCAAAUGUAAAAUCUUGCUGUUGCAAUAAAUUUAUUUUAAAACUAAA